AUGACGAACUCAUCCCUUCACGCAACCUAUAUGCAAAAAUGCAUCUCCCUCGCCGAACAGUCCCCGCCACGCCCAACAAACUUCCGUGUCGGAGCAAUCCUCCUCUCCCGUAAAGAAGAUGAUCCAACCGGGUCAAGUGACAAAAUCCUCUCCACGGGCUACACCAUGGAACUCGCUGGCAACACCCACGCCGAACAAUGCUGCUUGUCCAACUUCGCCGCCGUCCACAACGUUCCCGAAGACCAAGUCGCGUCGGUAUUACCCGCCGAACCAGGCCGAAAGCUCAUCAUGUACGUUACGAUGGAGCCUUGCGGGAAACGAUUGUCGGGUAAUGCGCCGUGCGUGCAGCGCAUUACACGGACGCGCGAGGGCGGAAGGGCUGGUAUCCACAAGGUGUAUUUUGGGGUGAAGGAGCCCGGGACGUUCGUGGGGGCAUCGGAGGGGUGUAAGAUGUUGACGGCGGCGGGGAUUGAGUGGGAACAUGUGGGUGGAUUUGAGAGGGAGAUUUUGACGGUUGCGACUGCCGGCCAUGAGAAUGCCGAGGCGGAGGUCCGCGCUGCAUUGGGGGAAGGAGAGAAGGAGUCACAGAAAGAAACGAAUGUGGAUGAUAUUAGUCCCGAGGAGAGGAGGAGACAGGAGCAGAUUCCACGGAAUCCCAAGAAGAGAAUGAUGGAAGGGGAGACUCUGUUAUAUUAG